ACUUCUUUUCACAACCUUGUGGUGUGACACGUUGCAUCAAAAAAUGCGGUGUUAUAUGUUUUGCAUCGAAAAGGCGGUGAAAAAUGAAAGUAGGGAAUUCCAAACGAAGCCUUAAGUCGAGAGGUCACUGUUUUUCAAUUUUUUCACUCCUUCGGCGAGUGUAUCUCCUCUUUCCUUUCUUGUUCUACAAGGAAGUCGAAAGAAAGCUUUGAUUUACUACUUCAGAAACUGUUCAUCAACUCUCAAGGGUUGGAUCAAGCAGUUUGAUCCAUCAGAGGACCGAAAGCGAUGGUAGUGGAAACGAAUCAUACCCAAAAUCCAUGGGUGAGUACAGAGCAAUCCUCGAGAAUUGAGGUUGACACCAACGUCUCAUUGAUGUCCGAAUCGAUGGUCACGGAAGGAAUUGAAGCUUCGCAUUCUGAACCUCACCGUUCCAAUAAUACAUCUGAUGACAAAUUGGGUUUCCUGGAGCGAGCCAUCUCCGCUGCUGGUGCCGCCUUCCUCUCCGCUAUCCUUGUCAAUCCUCUUGAUGUUGCCAAGACGAGGUUGCAAGCACAGGCUGCUGGGGUUCCUUACUCGCAUCCACUAAGUAACAUUACGAGUCGCAUGGCGUAUUUUGGACCAAACAUGCUGUUUGCAGAUCUAAGGUGUUCUCCAUCAUGCACCCGUGCUGGCAUGCAUGGUACUGUGGCGAUAUGUCCUCCUGAUUGUUUCCAGUACAAGGGAACACUUGAUGUCUUUUACAAAAUUAUUCGACAGGAAGGAUUUGGAAGGCUAUGGAGAGGCACCAAUGCAGCUCUAGCACUCGCUGUACCAACUGUGGGGAUCUACCUUCCAUGCUAUGACAUUUUCCGCAACUGGUUAGAGGAAUUCACAGCCCAAAAUGCUCCUGGCAUGACACCCUAUACCCCUCUAGUAGCAGGUUCAUUGGCACGCUCAUUAGCUUGUACAACCUGCUACCCUAUUGAACUUGCUAGAACCCGCAUGCAGGCAUUUAAGGAGAUCCACAGUGGUGCGAAGCCUCCUGGAGUCUGUAAGACUUUAAUUGAGGUCAUCUCUAAUGUCAAGAGCACAAAUAACCCUCAGAGCUACUUGCAAAACUGCCGUGUCCUAUGGACUGGCCUUGGGGCGCAGCUUGCUCGUGAUGUACCUUUCUCUGCAAUCUGUUGGUCAACCCUUGAACCUACCAGGAGAAGACUUCUUGGUCUGGUGGGUGAGGAAUCCAAUGCAGCCAGUAUCCUUGGGGCAAAUUUCUCUGCUGGUUUUGUUGCAGGAAGUCUUGCUGCUGCUGUUACAUGUCCGCUGGAUGUUGCGAAAACUCGAAGGCAGAUAGAGAAGGAUCCUGCCAGGGCGUUGACAAUGACGACAAGACAAACUCUAAAGGAGAUUUGGAGGGUUGGUGGGAUGAGGGGACUGUUUACAGGUGUCGGUCCUCGAGUUGGACGUGUAGGCCCUUCCGUCGGGAUUGUGGUUUCAUUUUAUGAAGUUGUGAAGUAUGUUCUUCAUGACACGAGAUCUGGAUAGCUGCUCUUGCCCAUAGUUGAUCCCUUUUUUGCUUCUACUUUGCGGGAAGGCAGGUUCUGGCAUAGCAAAGAUAAUUACCUAACUGCUUGAAGGAAAUUUACUCGGCUAUUAUGUGGAUAGAUAGGUAGCACACAGUUGACCAGUUUUGAAAUUGGUAGAUGCUCUUCUCAAGGCUGUUUUUGCAGGAAAAAUUCCAAUUUUCUGUUAAAGAAGUUAUUUGAUUUUUAGGUAAAGAAAUUUUGUAAUAUUUGGAUCUCUGACUUUGAGUAAGCAAUUUUUGCUGAGUUGAUCUCAGUUUGCUGA